AAAAGAAUAUCGAUAUGUGGUAUUGAUAAAAAAAAAAAUUAGAAGCAGAUUUUAAAGACUAGGGAAAUGGUGGAAAUAGACAGAGGAGAAUACCACCAGGUGAAGAUGGAGAACGGAAUGGAUUCCGCUGUAAACAGUGGAGUGACGUAUCUCAACAAGGGCACAGAUGACCAAAUGGAAAUAUCUGGCUAUAAACUAAACAAGAUGAAGAGGUCCCUUGUAUACCUGGGGUAUCUACUGACUGGUGGAAUUUUACCCUUGGUUUUGUACUGGUGCCCACAAUGGUACAUUAAGUGUACUCACACUGAGACUCAGCUGUCAGAUGCCACUAAAGUAUUACUCAAGGAUCAGUAUGAACGGUGGUUUGUAGCUGAGGUGGUGCUAAUCACCAGAGAUGGUACAAGAGUCAAAAUAAUUCGUCCACCCCCAGCAUUUUUUUUCACCAAGAAACGACGGAAGGCUACUGCAGAUCUUCUACAGAGAGGGACUGAUGAAAAUCUGUUGAGGUAUUUUAUGGUGAAGAAAGUAAAAUAUUGCUGGAAUUAUGAAUCUCAGGAAUUCCAAAAACUCAAAGGUCUGGAGGAUAUUUUAACUUGUUCACAGCUUCAUACUUCACAGGGUCUGUCUGUCACGGAGGUGUGUCGCAGACGGGUUACAUAUGGUGCUAACUCCAUUGCUGUUCAUGUUAAACCAGUUUUAUACCUAUUGUUUAAAGAGGUAUUGUCACCUUUCUAUGUGUUCCAAGCCUUCAGUGCCUCAGUGUGGUUUUCUGACGAGUAUGAAAUCUAUGCUGCCUGUAUCGUCUUUCUCUCCACUUUGUCAAUCAUUGUUUCCAUUUACCAAACCAGAAAAAUGCAAAGAGCACUUAGAAAUACCAUUCAGUCAUCUACCAUUGUCAGCGUGUGUCGAGAAAAUAAUGAGUUUGUAGAUAUUCACUCGGAUGAUCUCGUACCUGGUGAUGUCCUUGAGAUCCCUCGACGUGGAUGUAUCAUGCAGUGUGAUGCAGUAUUACUGACAGGAAACUGCAUUGUCAAUGAAAGUAUGCUUACUGGUGAGAGUGUACCAAUUACAAAGACUCCUCUUCCUAACUCGGGGGGCCCAGGAGUUGACGGCAGCCAAUCGGAUCAUCAGGACGUAAAAUUCAGUAUCAAGGAGAAUGGAAAGCAUGUUCUGUUCUGUGGAACUGAAGUCAUCCAGACUCGUUUCUAUGGCGACCAAAAGGUCAAAGCAGUGGUCAUCAGAACAGGCUUCUCUACAUCCAAGGGAGAGUUAGUCAGGUCUAUCAUGUAUCCUAAACCUGCUGAUUUCAAGUUUGAGAGAGAUACAUAUAUUUUUGUGGGAGUUCUAGCCAUUAUUGCAGCCAUAGGAUUUAUAUAUACCAUUGUACUUGAGGUGAACGCUGGAGAGGAUACAUCAGACAUCAUACUACAUGCCCUGGAUAUCAUCACGAUUGCCGUACCCCCAGCACUUCCUGCUGCUCUGACCGUGGGGAUCGUGUUCGCUCAACAGAGGAUGAAGAACCAUCAAAUUUACUGUAUCAGUCCUCGAAGCAUCAAUGUGUGUGGGGGCAUUAACGCUGUCUGCUUUGAUAAGACGGGAACUCUUACAGAGGAUGGUCUUAUGAUGCAGGGAGUCAUACCUACUAGUGAUCAAAAAUUUGAGGAUGAAGUUUUAGAUCCGAGUCUUUUAAAAUCGAGUCCACUACUGAUUGGCAUGGCAACGUGUCACUCACUAACAAUUAUAGAAGGCAGCAUUGCUGGGGAUCCACUAGAUGCCAUUAUGUUCAACAGCAUUGACUGGGUGUUGGAGGAGCCGGGACAAGAGGAGAGUAGAUUUGAUAUGAUGGUCCCUACAGUGGUAUAUCCUGGAGCUUCUUCUCCAGUCAAGUCCAAGGAAGAUCUUCAGUAUGGGGUGGUUAGACAGUUUACAUUCUCAUCAGGACUUCAAAGAAUGUCAGUGGUGGCCAGAAAACUAAAAGGACAGAGUUUUGAGCUGUACACUAAAGGUGCUCCAGAAAUGAUUGUAUCCCUCUGUAAACCAGAUACCGUUCCUCCUGACUUUCAGGAGAAGUUGAUGUCGUACACGCAGCAUGGCUACAGAGUCAUAGCAAUGGCGUGGAAAGAAUUACCCUCCAAAAUCAAUUAUGUCAAGGUCCAAAGAAUACAAAGGGAACAGGUAGAAAAGGAUCUGAAUUUUCUGGGCCUGCUGGUGAUGGAAAACAAGCUGAAGCCAGAAACAACACCAGUAAUCAAUGAACUGAGGGAGGCCAACAUUAGAUGUAUCAUGGUCACAGGUGACAAUAUUUUAACUGCCAUCAGUGUAGCUCGGGAAUGUCGUAUGGUGGACACUGCAGACCAGAUUAUCCUAGUGGAGGCAGUUGUCACCAAAGACAACAAGCCCAUGUUGAACUUUGUGUACGCAGAUGAUAAGACAAAACCAGUGGAGGAGGUUAAGAAUGGGGGAUCAGGGAGUCUGAUUCAGAUUGAAGAGUUAGACCAAGUGUUCCACUUCGCCGUGGAGGGAAAGUCUUGGUGGGUUUUACAGAAACACUACCCAGAGAUUCUGUCCAAGGUGAUUGUCAAAGGAACUGUCUUUGCAAGAAUGUCACCAGAGCAGAAAGGUCAACUUGUAGAACUAUUACAAGAUCUGGGAUACUAUGUUGGUAUGUGUGGAGAUGGUGCUAAUGACUGUGGAGCACUUAAAAUGGCCCACGCUGGGAUAUCUCUCUCAGAGGCGGAGGCUUCUGUAGCCUCUCCAUUCACCUCCAAAGUCCCCAAUAUAGAAUGUGUUCCCAAUGUCAUCAGACAAGGAAGGGCAGCUUUAGUGACCUCAUACGGCAUCUUCAAAUACAUGGCUUGUUACAGCUUAACACAGUUUGUGUCAGUCUCUAUACUUUAUUGGAUAUCAGCUAGUCUUACUGAUCCGGAGUUCCUGUACAUUGAUCUAUUCCUUCUAUCAACUCUCAGCAUUACCUUUGGAAGGACUGAGCCUUACCCAGAACUGGCCAAGGAACCACCACCCAUUAGUCUGACCAAUAUCUUUCCCAUUAUGUCACUGGUUCUACAAAUGCUCAUCCAGGCAGCUGCCCAGGCUUUCUUUUACGUUCACAUCAAAUCACAACCAUGGUUUGAGCCAUUUGAAGAGAACCCUGAUGAUGACUAUUGGAGCUAUGAGAAUACGGCCAUUUUCUCCAUUUCUGCAUAUCAGUACAUCAUUCUAGCUGUUACUUUUGCCAAAGGCUACCCAUAUCGCAAAAACAUGUUCUCUAACUAUUGGUUCUUGGCCAAUGUUGUGAUUUGUUUGUUGACAACAAUUUGGGUCACGAUUUACCCUGAACCCGAGGGAUUCAAAGAAUUAAUGGAGCUUCGUCCACCUGAAGAUAUUAGUUAUCGACUCCUGUACCUCGGAAUAGCUGCUGCAAACUUUCUCUUGUCUGUGUUAAUAGAGACAUACCUGCUUGAUAACCCAUUUCUACGAAGUAGAUGUUCACAAUUCAUGGACCGCCAUUUUCAUAAAUCGGAAGCUAGGUACAAGAUCAUAGAAAGGGAGAUAAUUGAGACUCCUGACUGGCCUCCAGUAGAAAAGUUAAUGGAUGGGAAGACUAAUGGCUACAUGAGGCUGGAGAGUGUGAAUUCCUGUCACGGAGGCAGCAUCUCUUACCUGUCAGGUUCUGAAUCGGACAUCAAAAGUCUGUCAUCUGUUUCUUCUAACAAGACAGCUGCAAACAAAUGUCAUGAUCAUGUUGAUAAAUCCUUAUACAACCAAGGCUCCUUACCUUGCAUUGUACAGGAUUCCAAAGAUACACCAGCUUCUACAACAGUGACACCGACUCGGAAAUCACGGACAUUGAGCGAGUCAGCUGUAGACAACUCUGACAGGAAAUUGAACAGUCUGUUGAAUAACGAGGACAGUAUUCUGUCCAAUGAAAUCACUUCUUUGGCUCAAGCUCGAUCCAGGGACAAAAUCUCCAACAGUUCUAAUGUAAUUCCCCUUCUUGAUCCACCCCCAGGUAGAAAGAAAAGUGUUGGAUCCCAUGAAGAUAUAGGAAUCUGAGAGAAUUAAAUUUUUGUUUUUUAUGUCUUGUGUUUACAAUCAGUUUGUGUGUAUCUUUGCUUAUACUGAUAUGCUUAUUAGUUUUUGUAAGGUUUGCUGUGAUAUUCUUUUAAGACUUAAAACUAUUUGUAGAUUUAACAGAAAGUAUCACUGUAUACUUUAAAGUUUUAUGUACUCGUGAUAUUGUAGGUCACUCUUUUAUUUUACCAAAAAAUCUUUGUCCAAUAAUAAUGAAAAUUUGAUAUAUUUUUCCUCCAGACCAAUUUCUUUCUUGUAUUUAUACUAGUUCAAACCAA